AUGGGCUCUAAGACACCCGAGCACGAAAGCCACACUGGCGGUGAUGAAUCGUCAAACCCAAUCAAGUCCAAUGCCGCGGGUGGAGAGCCGCGCGGAGCUCAUCUGUCCCGGGACGGCGAUGGCAGCCUCGGAGACGACGACGGCGAUGAUGACGGCGAUGACCACAAUACGGCCGACACUGCCACCGUGACGCUGACGUCGCCUUUGACUGACGCCUCGAAGAAAAAGAAGCGAAAGAAGGCCAAUAAGAAGAAGAAAAAGCACUCGCAGUCAUCGCCACCCCGGAUCCCUCUGAGCAAGCUCUUCCCAACUGGCCAGUACCCAGUGGGCGAGAUCCAGAGCUAUGGAUCCGCAGUUGUCGAAAACACAGCUCGCACGACAGCCGAGGAAGCCCGAAUCCAAUCCCGCCGCCAUCUUCAAGAUGACAGUUUCCUCAAUGAUUAUCGUAAAGCAGCAGAGGUGCAUCGUCAGGUCCGCCGCUGGACGCAGGAAAGCGUCCGUCCAGGCCAGGCCCUCACUGAUAUUGCCGUGGAGAUCGAGGAUGGCGUUCGAGCGCUGCUCGAUAAUGCCGGCCUUGAACCCGGAAGCUGUCUUGCAUCCGGGAUGGGAUUCCCCACAGGACUCGCGCUGAACAAUUGCGUUGCGCAUUACACGCCGAAUCCUGGCCAAAAGGAGAUCUACCUGCAAGCCAGCGAUGUCAUGAAGGUUGACUUUGGCGUUCAUAUCAACGGUUGGAUUGUGGACAGUGCGUUUACAAUGUCCUUCGAUCCGACCUAUGACAAUCUGCUUGCUGCGGUGAAGGAUGCAACAAACACUGGCAUCAAGAAUGCCGGAGUUGAUGUACGCAUUAGCGAUGUCAGUGCCGCCAUCCAAGAGGCGAUGGAAAGCUACGAGGUUGAGAUUGCCGGCAAAACCUAUCCUGUGAAACCUGUGCGGGACCUCAGUGGACACAAUAUCAAGCAGUACCAGAUCCACGGUGGAAAAUCGAUCCCGUUUGUCAAGACCUCUGACCAAACCAAAAUGGAAGAAGGGGAGAUUUUUGCCGUUGAAACGUUCGGGUCGACUGGACGUGGACGCUUGAGGGAUGGGCCUGGUGUCUACGGAUACGGCAGAGACAUUAAUGCUCCAAAGCAUGUGAUGUCUCCUCUUGCGUCGGCUAGAUCUCUUUACAAGACGAUCAAUGAAAACUUUGGCACGAUUGUAUUUUGCCGUCGUUACCUCGAGCGACUUGGUGUUCAGCGUUACUUGGCUGGGAUGAAUAGCCUUGAAUCCAUGGGAGUCGUGGAGGUCUACCCACCUCUGAUGGACGUUGAAGGGUCAUAUUCUGCACAGUUUGAACAUACAUUCUUGCUGCGCGAGACAGGCAAGGAAGUCAUGAGCCGCGGAGAUGACUACUAA